UUUUUCCAGAAAUCCAAAAUUUCCACGUUUGAAAAAAUGUGGGCUUUCAUGAGCAGCAAACCCACAGCACUUGUUAAAAACAACGAGGAAGGAAUCCAGCGAACCCUCACAGCCGAUUAUGCCCUGCUGAUGGAGUCAACCACCAUCGAAUACAUCACCCAGAGGAACUGCAACCUGACUCAGAUCGGGGGGCUCAUCGACUCCAAAGGCUACGGGAUUGGGACUCCCAUGGGGUCACCGUACAGGGACAAGAUCACCAUUGCCAUCCUCCAGCUCCAGGAGGAGGACAAGCUCCACGUAAUGAAGGAGAAGUGGUGGCGGGGGAAUGGCUGCCCCGAGGAUGAGAAUAAGGAGGCCAGCGCCCUGGGCAUCCAAAACAUCGGUGGGAUUUUCAUCGUUUUGGCAGCAGGCUUGGUGCUGUCCAUCUUCGUGGCCAUGGUGGAGUUCAUCUACAAGCUGCGCAAAACAGCGGAACGUGAGCAGCGCUCCUUCUGCAGCGCCAUGGCCGAUGAGAUCCGGCUGUCGCUCACCUGCCAGCGACGGGUCAAACACAAGCCUCAGCCACCCGUCAUGGUGAAGACAGAUGCUGUGAUCAACAUGCACACGUUCAACGACCGACGGCUGCCAGGGAAGGACAACAUGACCUGCAACACUGGAUUGACACCCGUGUUUCCCUAGGGAAUGGGAACAGGGGGGUGGGAGGGAAGGAGCUGUGGCAGACACGGCUGGAUGCACUCUUAACUAGGGAAGGAAGGAUUAAAAAACGAGAAAAAAAAACAGAAAAAAAAAAAGC